UUCACGCACGAUAAGAAUACUCUCGAGUCAAGUAUUUGGAGUGUGGAGUGUGGACGCAUAUAAAUUACUAGGACCACUCACCGUUGAUUCCUAUCGAAGAGAGAGAGAGAGAUAGAGAAGAAAACCCUUCGUCCGGCCGGCGUAUAAUCUCUCUCUUGCAGAUUCAAUGGCGUCAGAUCCCAAACAUUUCGUAUUCGAUGAUGUUAUCAAACACAACAAAACCAAGGAUUGCUGGCUCGUUAUCGACGGAAAGGUUUAUGAUGUAACCCCAUUUAUGGAGGACCACCCUGGAGGCGAUGAAGUUCUGCUAGCAGCAACUGGGAAAGAUGCAACCGACGAUUUUGAGGAUGUGGGACACAGUGAUGAUGCUAGAGGCAUGAUGCACAAAUAUUACAUUGGCGAGGUGGACAAGGCAACUGUUCCCAAGAAGCGUGCUUAUGUUAAACCUGCUGAUAGCAACUACAAUCAUGACAAGACUUCGGAGUUUGUUAUUAAGAUAUUACAGUUUAUCGUGCCUCUUGUGAUCUUGGGUUUGGCUUUUGUGGUCAGAUCUUACACCAAAGAGAAGUCUGCUUGAAAGAGAAAGAGAGAGCUUGCUUGCUUCCCUUUCAUUAUUUGAGGUUUAGAUGGUGUGUUGUGCUGUGUUGUGUUGGUUUUAAUUUAUGGAGAAUAUUUAUGUCUAUUAAAAACAUGGUGACUUUGGUUAUUUGUUAGAUGAAUAUGUUGUGAGGACAGGUUUCUCGUUAGUUA